AUGGAUGGUGUCACGGAUUUGACGGUCACCUAUUGCGGUCAUCUCUUUUGCAGCGAGUGCCUACAUUCAGCCCUGCAAAUAACACCCCAUAAGCGGAUCUGCCCGAUUUGCAGGCAGAAAAUCGAGAACAAGAAUGCGAGCGGGAAGUUUGGGCCUAAGAGCAAGGGGUAUUAUCCUCUGGAGAUUAAGCUGAUGACGAAGAAGAGUUUGGGGAAGAAGGCGGCGGUGGCUGCUGCUGCUGGUAGAAAUACCGGCGAGCACUGA